AUGGCCACCAUCAGUCUUGGUCAGGCUUCUCCGACGCGACCACUUUGUUUCGAUGACGGCGACGUAGUUGUGCAGCUAGGCGAGGACGUGAAGAAGCACUUAUUGAUCCACAAGCACAUUCUCAAAGUCGCUAUGCCUCCACUAGCAGCAGCAGUUGGGCGGUGGAGCGGAGCUGUCACGAUCACGCAUCCGCAAACGAUGAAGGAUGUUACGGUCCACUCCCUCGUCUUGGAGUUGAAGGAUACCGUAUAUGAGCUGGUUGCGAAGAAGCCGGACCUGGAUCCGGGCAUCUCGAGCCUGUUUGCCGCGGCACAAAUUGUCAACGGAGAGAACGAGGGCGGAAGUGAGGAUGACAUCCCGCCUGCUGCAAUCCGCAUCCAUCAGCAUGAGAUCCUGGGGGCUGGACUUCCUACUCGCACGGAGACCCGCACCUCCACUCCCGGCUACCAUACUCACGACAACGCUCAAGAGUCACUCACACAAUCACAUGCCGUCACCCCCCUAUACACACUAUUCGGCAUGGUAUAUAAGACAGUCGAUCCCACCAUGCUCGCAGAGCACACCACCUACGAGGGCCUCGCCGAUCUGGUCGAGUACGCAGAGGUGUACAUGUGUCUCCACCUCGUCGCCGAUCAAAUCCGUACAUGUCUCCUGGCGAAGCUGGACUUGUGGCAAGACGUCAAGCAGCAGCCUCUCUUCCACCUCGCUCUAGCCAUCCGCCUUCGCUGCGAGGAAACCUUCGCCGACUCCCUUCGCCACCUCGCCGGCCGUGGCACACACUAUUCACAUCUCGUCGAGGCUGGACUCGACGAAGGCGAAGCUGCGGCACUGACUAACAGAACUCGGCCAGAUCUCCCCGUCGGCACGACCUUCGUCGCAUCCUCAUGGGACAUUGGGAAGACUGCGCAAGAGAAGGCAGAGUGGCUGGCCAAAUGCGCCUACCGUGACUGGUUCGAUCAGGCUUUGGCCGGCGAACCCCACAGCCCUCACAUUCGGAAAUGCAAGUAUGCCUACAGUGACCUCAGCAUUACAGCAGACUUCCAGCCCAUGACCCUUCGACGUGUCCUGGAGAAGAUCGACUUAGCAGCCAAGACGAACAGCCGUCGCGCACCACUCGAGUACGACACCGCGGAGCGACUCGUUGGCGAAUUUAACCUCGAAGAAGGUGCUGAUAUAUCAUCAACUCACAUCAUCGAGCAGACAAUCGCACGCCUUAACCGAUCGGUCGCUAGGAUUGCCGCACCGUACCUGGGUGGCCCUCAAGUCACCAUCGCAAGCGACCGACCUACGCAUGACACCUACACUCAGCGUUGUGCCGCUGGUCGCCACGGCGGUCAAGGCGAGGACACUUGUUCCAACGCUCAGGAAUCUAUGAGUCGUGAUCGUGGUGGUUUGGGCGAGCAGGACCAUGCCGCCAUAGCGAAGGACGACAAGGGCUGCUGCUACUUCACCUACUUCACGAUCCUCGACGAGCAGAUCCCGUGGCGUAGUGAGCCGGCAUGGGAGCCCUUCCACCUGCAUGGCCUCAAACUUGCAUCGCAAGAGUGGCUCAAGGCGGUGGGUAUUGCAGGUACUGGCGAAGAGCAGGAUGAAUCUACCGAGGCGACCACAUUCCAGCCACGUGGAGGGCCUGAGGCGUAA